UUUUUAGUCACGCACUCUGGUGGCUCCUCCUUCCCGGGUGAUCGAAAUAAAACAAACCCAUCUGGAGUUGUCGACACCCACCUGUUGCUCCAUCCGACGUUACACGCGUGACUUCCCACAAUAGAGAUGGAAGAUUAUAACGCAUACAUCGCAGAACUGGAGUCCGGGACGCGCGGGUAGCCUGUCCCUGUUAGGAUUAUGAUAAUGUUUUAUUUCUAGUAGAAUCCAGGUCUCGUGUUCCGUCGGCUUUUGAACCUACAGUCUUGAAGCAAACGUAUUCUUUCAUAAAAGGAAACCAUGUCUAGGUUCAGUCAUAACAUCACCAACAUCAGCUUCGAAGGAGGGCCACCUGGGGACCAGCCGAGGGAUGAACUUUUGGCGCAAAUCGAGAUUACCCUACUGACCGUCAUAUUCAUCAGCGCGGGGAUCCUGAACGUCGGACUGCUGCUCCUCUUGUGGAAGCGGAGGCAGCAGGUGUCCAGGAUGCGCGUCUUCGUGUUCCACCUUUGCAUCGCCGACCUGGUGGUGACGUUUUUCCAAGUGUGCCCGCAGCUCGUCUGGGACAUCACGGACCGGUUCGUGGGUCCGGACAUCGUCUGCCGUGCGGUCAAGUACCUCCAGGUCGUCGGCAUGUUCGCCUCCACCUACAUGAUCGUGGUGAUGACCGUGGAUCGGUAUCAAGCCAUCUGCAACCCAAUGGUGAAGUUCCAGAGGCGCAGGGCGCGCUGGAACGUGCCAAUCUGCGUGGCGUGGUGCGUCUCCCUGGUGGGCGCUCUGCCCCAGGUGUUCAUCUUCUCCCGGGUGGAGGUCGCCCCCGGCGUGUUCGACUGCUGGGCGCACUUCGUCCAGCCGUGGGGACUGAGAGCCUACGUAACCUGGACGACGCUGGUGAUCUUCGUGCUGCCCGUGCUGACCGUAGUGGCGUGCCAAGCGCGCAUCUGCCGCACGGUGCAAAUUAACUUCCACCUGAAGACGCUGCGGACUGUGAACCGGAGCGCCGCGGGCGACGCUUCGGCGCUGCCUUCCCGCGCCAGCGGCGUCGGGGGGGUGUCGAAGGCGCGGGUUAAGACGGUGAAGAUGACCGUGGUGAUCGUGCUCGCCUACGUCGUGUGCUGGGCGCCAUUCUUUACCGUGCAGCUCUGGUCCGUGUGGGACUCGGAGGCGCCCACUGAGACGGCUGUGUUCACCAUCCUGAUGCUGCUGGCCAGCCUGAACAGCUGCGCCAACCCCUGCAUCUUCCUGCUGUUCAGCGGCACGCUGCCUCCCAGGCUGGCCGCGCUCUGCGGCGGCGUGGGCGGGGGCGCGCACUCAGACGCAAAAGAUUCCGCCGUCCAAGAGGACGCCACCAUGGUCAGCUCCAUGUACAUCAGCUUCAAGAGUCUGUCAGAGGCCACUCAGGCCAGAUAGUGGAUUCAAUCAAGAAAAAAUAAAUGUACACAACCGUGCAUAUCUGAAC